UACUUUAGUUUUCGCUGAGCCUCCAUUCGGGCAUGUUGUGCUGGUGAAGUCGGAAGGCAGCCCAUCCAGAGAGAGUCAUCAUAAAUAUAGAAAAGUUUUGUCUGGAUUAAAAACACCCAUAUCAAGCGGGGAGAAUUCCUCAAAUUUUCACAGUGAAAAUCCCAGAGGAGAAAGUGUUGAGAGCUUAAAAUCAAAUAAAAACGUGAGAAUAUUGUUUUCACGGAAGAUACUGGAAAUAUCUGAAAGAUAUUUUCUCUUAUCUUGAAAAUUGUGGUAUUUGAAACAAUACAAAUUACUGUGUGUUCUGUGAAAUUUAUCACAAGGUGACAAAGUGAUUGAAGUGCUUGGUGUUGGAGAAGAAAAAAAAAAUAAAAUAAAAUAUAGUCAGGUGUAUGACGUGUUCUUAGGGAUAAUGGUGCACAAACGUCGCAAUAUUCAAAUGAAGUGAUUCAUUUCGAGGGAAUUUUAUGCAAAUGCCGUGUUGUGAGUUCUGUUAAGAAGAAGGUGAGAGAUUCUUUUCUUGUGUUGAAGAAGUGAGAAGACGUAGAAAAGACCAAGAAAUGAUAUCGCGAAAACCAGGACCACCAGUACCACCAAGGCCAAGUGCUGCGGUUGUUGCACAUGCCAGACUCUCAAAGUCACAAUCUGGGGUGAUUGUGACGGGUUCUGCUGGUCCAGUCGGACGAACUCUCGUCUACAAAUCACCAUCCAGUGGUUCUGUGGUCGAUAAGAGGCCAUUGACUGGUGAGAAUGGGGACAAUUAUCCCACCAGUGAUUCCAGUAAAAUUGUCAUAGUGAAUGGGAAGAAGGAAUUGGCCAGGGAGUCAACUAAAGAAAAUCUCAAACCAAUACAACUGGAGAUGUACACAAAAUCUCCAUCGGUUGUCCGUUCUAAGCGGAUUUCCAGUGAAGUUGGACAAAAAGGUGUCCAAGAAGACAAGGCCACAAAUGGUGACCACGAGAAUCAUCCGGAGAAGAAGAUGACUAAUGGUGAAGAUGAAGAGAUUGUGGUGGUAAAUGGGCCAAUAAUGAUGCUCCGUGAGGAGAACCGUAAUCGUAUUGAGAUAAAGUCGGAGCAACAGCCAGUGGCGACGGAAAAGACGGAGAUCAUCAUAAAUGACGAAGUGAGGUGCAUUGAGGUGCGAACAGGUAAUUCAAAUGGUUCUGAAGAACCGGAGGAAGAUGAAGUUCCAAAUGGCACAGAACAGCAGACGGAACAUGACCCAAUUCCCGUUGGGAAAAAGGUUGCCUUCCAUGAAAUGUUGAUUGCUGAACUGACAGCCAUGCGAAAGGAAAAGAUCCCUCCUAUGGCGCCAAGGAAGAAGCGUCAAUCAAUUGAUAGAUCAACAGAUUCAUCACCAAAUGGCACUCAAAGAUCAAGAAUCAGAACAUCAGAUUGGGUAGAAGUUGGGGACAAUGGAAAGGCUGUUGUACUAACCAGUUGUCACAUUAGUCUCGAAGAUUCCGGUAUGGAAGAUGAGGAACGUCCGGAUGAUACGUCUUCAGGUGUGGGAGAUUCCUGGGAUAGUACCAGAGACAAUGAAGAACGUAUUAACAUGUCCCUUCCUGGGCUGCCGCCUUUACCAAAGAGUCUGAGUGGAUUUGAUUUAACGGCCGCUCAGCAGCGUCUCUACCAAAAUGAUUGCCUAGGUGGUGGACUUAAGACCACCACAGCAUCAACAAGGGGCACUCCAACGACAGCAACAUCAACACCAAACAGCAACAACCCAUCAUCAGCUGAAGAUUCAGCUACCGCCUCCGCCCAACUCCAGGAAAUUUCACCGUUGGACAGUAGAAAGUCCAAAUUGGACACACAAUUGGAUAUUUUGCGGAGAGAAAUGAUUGACCUUCGUCAGUUGGAUCUGUCGCUUCUGUCGCAGCUCUGGGCACUUAAUAAGUCCAUCCAGGAGUUCAGGACGAUGCUGCAGGAGGAGGAAACCCUGUCACCACUGUCCCAGUCUCCAUCUCCUUCAGAGGGAAAUUCCCUGACGUCCGAUGAUGAUGAUGUGGAUGAUGAGGAUCUCGAUGGAGAUGGACAAAUGCCAGAGCCGGCUCUCGAGGCACCAAUUCCGCGCAUGAGAGUGGCUCCUCCUCCUCCGCCGCCGCCAAAUCGGAAACCUCCGUCACGUCCAGUAUGAUAUUGUUCCCUCAGCCAAAUGAAUUCGGUGUUUAGAUCCGUGUUCUGUCGAUACUUUUCUGUGAAGAGUUGAGCCACAUUUUGACGAUAGAUCCUCCCAAUCCUCAAGGUUUCACCAUCCGGAAAGCUCUUUGGGGUGCAAUAUAUUUGCCAUAAAUGUGACAAAAGAAACUUUUUUUCUGGAGAGAAAGAGAGAAGGGGCAUUUUGUUUUUGGGGAAGAAGGGCUCAUCAACAUUUGAGGAAAAGCGUGAAAAGGGCGUUUUAAUUGGAAAAUAAUGAAAAACUGGUAUUUAAUCGUAAAUUGCUAUUGAUCAUGUGUAGAGCAAAAAAAAGGCAUUUUAUUCAUCGUCAAUUAAUCUCAAUUCAGCGUAAAAGAUUAUAUUUAUAAAUUGCAGUGUGUGAUUUUCUUGUGUUUAGAUUUAAUUUUCUUUUUUUCCGAAAGAAAGGAGCUGAUAAACUCCAAGUACGAAUACCCCUGUAAUGUUGGUUAAGCAAUUAUGUUAAUACAAGAGACAAAACUGCAUCAAUAUAAAUUAUUCACAGAAAAAAAAAACAUUGAGAAAAUAAAGUGAUUUCAUGAACUGA